UUCAGGUUGUGGUUGGACUGUUGCUGUUGACCAUGAAUGGGAGGUGAUACUACAUUCUGUGACAUAUCAGCCCCCUGCCUUGAGAGUUACUGCUUACCACCACACACGUCCAUUUAUCGAGACAAAAGAGACAACACAGAAGUUGGUUAAUAACAGAUACAACAACAAUGUAGUCUAAUGUUUACUGCUUGUAGGAAAUGAUGUACAUUCAUGUGUCCACAGACCUUCAGUGCAAAAAUGAUCAAGGCCAUAAAAUCACAGACUGAUAGACGUAGUUCAGAGAAGAUAGGCCAGUUGUGAUUUAGUGCUGGAGCACACUUAAAUAUUAUUUCUUUAGAUAACUCUGAUGCAUCUUAAGGAGCUCAUCAACAUGAAAAGAAAUGCUUUAGACUUUUGACUAAAAGGGUGACUCCAAUACUUAUAUUGAAUCAAACCCAACUCUGGAAACAGUGAAUGCCUUUCCUUAUCAGUUGCUCAUUUCAAAUUUGAAUUCAUUGUCAGUCUGGAGAUAAUUUACAUUUCUGCUAAACUGAUUAACUGCUGUGACAGUUGCUCAUUACAUGACACAGAAUUAGUAGUGAAUAUAAAGGCACCGAAAACCAGUCUGCUAAGCAUGACACGAUAAAAAUAACAGUUUCAGUCUGAACUUUUGGGUAUAUUGAACAGAAAGUGUGCUCAAAAAGACAUGCAGGCCGAGGUGGAGGAGAGAGGACACUGGGGAAGUAAGGUGGAGUUUCUCCUGGCUGUUGCUGGGAAUAUCGUCGGCCUGGGUAACGUGUGGAGGUUUCCUUACCUCUGCUACAAAAAUGGAGGGGGUGCAUUCUUGGUGCCAUAUCUGGUGUUUGUGGUAACCUGUGGUAUACCGCUAUCCCUGUUAGAGACAACCAUGGGCCAGUACACUCAGGAGGGCGCCAUCACCUGCUGGAGGAAGCUAUGUCCACUGGCCGAGGGUAUUGGCUAUGCAGGGCAGCUGAUCCUCCUCUUCAUCUGUACAACCUACAUUAUUAUUCUGGCCUGGGCGUUGCUCUACCUCGUGUUCUCCUUCAGCUCCCAGCUCCCCUGGGCCACUUGCAACAACUACUGGAACACAGAUGAUUGUGUAGACUUUUCAACAAAAAAUGCCAGUAUGCCAUGGACCAACCAGACCAACUCAACCUCUGCAGCUACAGAAUUCUGGGAACGACGUGUUCUGGCUAUCUCAGGGGGCAUUGAGGACUUAGGCAGCAUCAGGUGGGAAGUGCUGUUGUGCCUAAUUGCUAUGUGGCUCAUCUGCUACUUUUGUAUCUGGAAAGGUGUCAAAUCCACAGGGAAGGUGGUGUAUUUCACUGCUACCUUCCCCUAUGUGAUGCUGCUAAUUCUUCUGAUUCGUGGACUCACUCUUCCUGGUGCACUACAAGGAGUGAAGUUUUAUCUUCUGCCUGAACCCUCACGACUCACAGACCCUCAGGUGUGGAUGGAGGCUGGGACUCAGAUCUUCUUCUCAUAUGGUGUUGGUAUGGGCGUCUUAACUGUGCUAGGAAGCUACAACAAGUACAAUAACAACUGCUAUAGAGACUGUCUGUUGGUGUGUUUGCUCAACAGCUCUACCAGUUUCGUAGCUGGGUUUGCAGUCUUCUCGGUGCUUGGAUUCAUGGCUCAUGAGCAGGGCGUUCCCAUUGCUGAGGUGGCAGAGUCAGGUCCAGGCUUGGCGUUCAUUGCUUAUCCUCAGGCUGUAGCCAUGAUGCCUCUGCCUCAACUGUGGUCCAUCUGUUUCUUUGUCAUGCUCAUUCUCUUGGGUUUGGACACACAAUUUGUCACCAUGGAGGUGGUGAUGACGUCUAUCACUGAUAUGUUUCCCAAAGUUAUGCGCAGGGCAGGCCGAUGGGAGAAGUCACUCGUCCUCUUCUGCCUAAUAUGCUUCUUCUGUCAGUUUGUCAUGAUUACCCAAGGAGGGAUGUAUGUGUUCCAGGUGAUGGACUACUAUGCUUGUAAUGGAGUCUGCAUCCUGUUUAUCGGUGUAUUUGAAACACUGGCACUGGGAUGGAUAUUUGGUAAAUAUGGUGUUUUUAAAGGAGUAUUUCAUCUAUUUUUAUAUACCAUUAGUGUUUAUUCUAUAUUUUCUUGUAAAUGUUUCCACAGGCAUGUGGGUUUAUCUGAUUAUUUUAAACUGUUUAUCAAAUCUUGUAUCUCCUAUCAAGGGGCAGAUUGGUUGUACGGCAUCAUUAAGGACAUGACAGGGGUAAACGCCAACCCUUUUUUCAAAAUCUGCUGGCUCUACCUCACACCGAUAGUCUCACUGGGGGUUUUUAUAUGUUCUUUAAUUAAGUACCAGCCUCUGACGUUUAAUCGCUGGUACGUGUACCCAGACUGGGCAUAUGUGUUGGGAUGGAUGAUGACUCUCUCCUCCAUUCAGCUUGUGCCUGCAUGUGCACUGUAUAAGCUGAUCACUGGGACUGGGACUCUCAAACAGGUGGGACAACUAUUUGACAGAUUAUUAUGGUAACAAACUACAGAAAUUACAUUGUGUGUGUGUCUUAUAUAAUGACACGUAAACGAGGUGUAAUCUUAAUCACAGCUUUCUAAGGGACAGGUUUCAUAACUACUUGGUCAUUUAGACAUGAUCAGAAUAUAUGCAACAUUUCCAAUAUAACUGGACAUGAGUGGACUUCCACUCCAUGGUCCACAGUAAGCUUAUGAAGUUAGAAAAUCGAAGUUUAAAAAAAUCAGCUUAUAUACUUCACAGUCACCUUCCUCUUAAAAUACAUGGGAUAUGAGUAUGUGCCAGUUACAAGCAAGAGGAGUGUCCAUCUGUAAAUUUUAUCACCAAACCUGUAUAUUCUUUCGACAUUAAAAGAAAUUUGGACCAGUGACCAUCUAGAUGAGUUGUAGCUUUAAGGAAUAAUAUUCUAAUUAUGUAGGAGAGAGGUCCUUGAGACAACUGGAAGUCUCAACGUCACCUGAGUGUGUUUUUUUCAGAGUACAAUCUACAGCAUUUUUAGUUGCUUUUUAACUUUUGCUGGCAACUAUUAGUGAAUAUUUUCUCGUCUCUUCUAGCGUUUUCAUCACCUGUGCCAGCCUGACCUGAAAUACGUACCAACCCAAAAGCAGCAGGGGGACAACAGUUUACUACCAGCUGAUAUGAAUGAACAGAACGAUCACCUGACACUCACCUCUUGAACAACUGCAUUUU